UGGAACUCUCUGCAGGAGAACAUCUAGAAAGUUGACCAUCAAGUAUAAAACUGGAGCCGCAGGCCAGAGGACGUAGAAGAGCGCAGCUACAGCGUGACCUCGACCGGGGAAGCACACAGGGAAGAGCUAGGGGACACAGCAGCUCGUGGCACACCUCUCCCCAAGAUGCCGGAAAAAGCCAGUUCAGAGGCCAUGGAAGACGAAGUGGAGACCUUUGCCUUCCAGGCAGAGAUUGCCCAGCUGAUGUCCUUGAUCAUCAACACCUUCUACUCCAAUAAAGAAAUCUUCCUCCGAGAGCUCAUCUCCAACUCUUCAGAUGCUCUUGACAAGAUCAGAUAUGAAAGUUUGACUGACCCCUCCAAACUGGAUUCCUGCAAAGAGCUGAAGAUUGACAUCAUCCCUGACCAACUUACACGUACACUGACCAUUGUUGACACCGGCAUUGGGAUGACCAAGGCCGACCUGAUCAACAACCUGGGUACCAUCGCAAAGUCAGGAACCAAAGCUUUCAUGGAAGCCUUGCAGGCAGGGGCUGAUAUCUCCAUGAUUGGUCAGUUCGGUGUUGGUUUCUACUCUGCAUACUUGGUGGCAGAGAAGGUGACAGUCAUCACAAAGCACAAUGAUGAUGAGCAGUACAUGUGGGAAUCUGCAGCAGGUGGAUCCUUCACCGUCAGACCUGACAACAGUGAACCCAUUGGUCGUGGUACCAAAGUGAUUCUUCACCUCAAGGAGGAUCAGUCAGAAUAUAUUGAGGAAAAGCGCAUCAAAGAAAUUGUGAAGAAACACUCACAGUUCAUUGGCUACCCAAUAACACUCUUUGUGGAGAAACAGCGUGAGAAGGAGGUAGAAAUGGAUGAGGAUGAUACUUCGGAAGAAGUAAAAGACACACAAGAGCCCGACAAAGACAAGCCCCAAAUUGAGGAUGUGGGGUCUGAUGAGGAUGAAGACUCUAAACAGGCAAAAAGCAAGAGAAAGAAGAAGAUCAAGGAAAAGUACAUUGAUGCCCAGGAGCUGAACAAGACUAAGCCUAUCUGGACAAGAAACCCUGAUGACAUCACCAAUGAGGAAUAUGGCGAGUUCUACAAAAGUUUAACUAAUGACUGGGAGGACCAUCUGGCAGUGAAGCACUUCUCAGUGGAAGGCCAGUUGGAGUUCCGUGCCUUGCUCUUUGUCCCAAGAAGGACUGCCUUUGACUUAUUUGAAAACCGCAAGAAGAGGAACAACAUCAAACUAUAUGUGCGCAGGGUCUUCAUCAUGGACAACUGUGAAGAGCUUAUACCUGAGUACCUCAACUUCAUCAAAGGUGUGGUGGAUUCUGAAGACCUUCCUCUGAAUAUUUCAAGAGAGAUGCUGCAGCAAAGCAAAAUCCUGAAAGUGAUCCGCAAAAACCUGGUGAAGAAGUGCCUGGAGCUCUUCACAGAACUUGCUGAGGACAAGGACAACUACAAGAAAUUCUAUGAGCAGUUCUCCAAGAACAUCAAGUUGGGCAUCCAUGAGGACUCUCAGAAUCGCAAGAAGCUGUCGGAACUUCUGCGCUACUAUACUUCAAACUCUGCAGAUGAGAUGGCUUCCUUAAAGGACUAUGUGUCCCGUAUGAAAGAAAACCAGAAGCACAUCUACUACAUUACAGGAGAGACAAAGGAUCAGGUGGCCAACUCGGCUUUUGUUGAACGUUUACGCAAGGCUGGGCUUGAAGUGAUCUACAUGAUCGAGCCCAUUGAUGAAUACUGUGUCCAGCAGCUCAAAGAAUACGAUGGAAAGAAUCUACUAUCUGUCACAAAAGAGGGCCUAGAACUGCCUGAGGAUGAGGAUGAGAAGAAGAGGCAAGAGGAGCUUAAGACUAAAUUUGAAAACCUCUGUAAAAUCAUGAAAGACAUUCUGGACAAGAAAAUUGAAAAGGUCGUGGUCUCCAAUCGCUUAGUAGCAUCGCCAUGCUGCAUCGUGACCAGCACCUAUGGCUGGACUGCCAACAUGGAGAGAAUCAUGAAGUCUCAAGCUCUGCGCGAUAACUCCACCAUGGGCUACAUGACAGCCAAGAAGCACCUGGAGAUCAACACCGAGCACCCCAUCAUUGAGACCCUCAGACAGAAGGCCGAGGCUGACAAGAAUGAUAAAGCAGUGAAGGACCUGGUGAUUUUGCUUUUUGAGACAGCCUUGCUCUCCUCUGGUUUCACCCUAGAAGACCCACAGACACAUGCAAACCGCAUCUACAGAAUGAUCAAACUUGGCCUAGGAAUAGAUGAUGAUGACACAAAUAUUGAAGACAUGAUUCAGCCCAGUGAAGAUGACAUGCCUGUUCUAGAAGGUGAUGACGAUACAUCACGAAUGGAAGAAGUAGACUAAAACCACCCUCAAAUAAACAGCUUUGUGGAAAUAUUAUGUAAUGAUCUUUAUUUUGUUACUAGACAUAUUAAUAGUAUUAUUUUAUUAAAUGAUCAUUGUUCCAAGGUAAAAGAUCAUCUUUAAAUUAUGAUUUAUUAUGAUUUGCUUCUGCAUGUUGAGUCUAUUAAUCUCUGAGUAGUUGAGGAUUAUAUGAAGCUUUGAAAAAAAGAUUGGAGAAUACCUGAAAUUUUUAAUUUAUGGGUACAAUCAGAUGUACACCCAGUAGAAAGGCAUCAGUCUAUUUUCUUACGGUUAUUAAUUUGUGCUAAUUUAUUGUGUUAUUAAAUGCUUUUAUAUAUAAAUGUUUUUAUUGUUUAUAAUUAAAACAGGCGGAAAA